AUGGUGAAGGAAGGCAAUCCCUGUCGGGUAUCCACCAGAUACACCCUAGCGGUCCUAGGAUGCGUCGGCCUGGGCAUCAUCUACGGCCUAAAGGUGAACCUCCACGUGGCCAUUGUGAGCAUGGUGAACCACACCGCCGUGGCGGCAGAGGGCGGCGGCGACGCCCAUGGGACGGUUGCGGGCGGCAACUCUAGCUCGGCAGGCGGCGAAGGUGCUUGUGCUGCUGACGACACGAACUCGACCGGGAUACUAGUGGAGGAAGGCCCCUUCGUGUGGUCCAGCACCGUGCAAGGCCUCCUCCUCAGCGCCUACUUCUGGGGCUACCUGGCCGCGCAGCUCCCAGGGGGCCGCGCCGCCGAGCUCCUCUCCGCCAAGUGGGUCAUGUUCUUCUCGGUGUUCGUCAACGCGCUGUGCACGCUGCUCACGCCCGUCGCGGCUCGGCUCCACUUCGCCGCGCUCGUCGCGCUGCGGGUGGGCGAGGGCGUUGGCGGGGGAGUCACGUUCCCCGCCAUGCACGUGAUGCUGGCGCAUUGGGCCCCGCCUGGGGAGCGCAGCGUCAUGAGCAGCAUCGUGUACGCGGGAACUGCCUUGGGCACGGUGGUUUUUAUGCUGAUAUCAGGAAUAAUAGCAGGCUCUCUAGGAUGGGAAGCAGUGUUUUAUAUAGAAGGGGGUGUAAGCCUCAUUUGGCUGGUACUCUGGGCAAGUUUUAUAACAGAUACCCCACAAACUCAAAAAUUCAUAUCUGAAGAAGAGAGAACCUAUAUCCUCACAUCUCUGAAUCAAGGAAAUGACACAGAAAAACAUGAAGAAAAACACAAGAUACCUUGGAAAGCGGUUUUCACAUCCCCUGCAUUUCUCGCUAUCCUAGUAGCCCACACUUGCUCGAAUUGGGGCUGGUACAUGGUCCUGAUAGAACUACCGCUGUACAUGAAGUCCGUUCUGAAUCUCAAAAUAUCCGAAAACGCCGUUCUCACCGCCUUACCCUUCUUAUGCAUGUGGAUUUUCAGUAUCGUCCUGAGCAAAGUCUUGGACACACUUCGUGAAAAACAGCUGAUAUCUACGACGAUUGCCAGAAAGACGGCGACAGGCUGUGCCAGUAUAGUCCCCAUGAUUUGUUUCAUAGUGCUGAGCUAUAUUGGGUGUCAGAAGACGCUAGCAAUCGUAUUGAUGACGGUGGCAGUAAUGUCUAUUGGUGGGAUGUACUGUGGAUUUUUGUCGAAUCACAUCGACAUAGCACCUAACUUUGCUGGGACUUUGAUGGCUCUGACCAAUACAGUGGCUACUAUCCCUGGUAUAAUUGUUCCCGUUUUUGUUGGAAAAUUGACGGCUACUGAUCCUUCUAUUGGAUCCUGGCGAAUAAUAUUUUGGACCACUGUGGCAUUUUACAUAGUGGAAAUUUUAGUUUAUAUGACAUUCGGAUCAGGUAACGAACAACAGUGGAAUAAUGUGGAAGAAUUGAAAGGAGAAUUACAACCUCUCAAGCCAAAAAAAGAAGAAGAAGUGGGAAAGGAAACAUCCAAACCAGAUACAGCUUGA